AUGUCUAUUUGGGAUACCCUCUCUGGUCGGAAGACCUCACAUCCUCCCGCCCCUGCCCACUUCGACCCUAGCUCUGCCCAAGAUGCCUCCUCAUUCCUCUCAGGCCCCGCGAUGCCGGACCCAUCGCUAUUACACCCGCUCGCUGGUUUGAACCAAAACACGCUAGAUUACCUUUCCCUCGAAGACUCUGCUCUCGACGAUCUUCCCGGUUCUCGUUCCGCACUUCCGUCAAGGGGAUGGUCAGACGACCUUAGUUACGGAACGGGAACUACGUAUCUAACGGCUCUGUCACUGGGGGGCCUCUGGGGUCUGGUUGAAGGACUCAAGAAGACCCCAGUCACAGCGCCGCCGAAACUUCGACUGAAUGGUGUUCUCAACUCGAUUACCCGAAGAGGCCCGUUUCUGGGCAACUCCGCAGGUGUGAUUGCGAUGGUAUACAAUGGGAUUAAUUCGACUCUGGGGCAUUUCAGAGGCAAGCAUGAUGCGGCAAAUAGUAUAUUGGCGGGUGCUAUGAGUGGCAUGCUGUUCAAAAGUACUCGAGGCCUACGCCCUAUGAUGAUAUCUGGCGGAAUUGUGGCCAGCAUCGCUGGUGCUUGGGCUGUAUGUUGA